AUGGCUAUGAAGUAUAGUGAUGCUACUGGAGUCCAUGUUCGUAUUUGUGAUUUCUCACCAGAACCACAACGUAUUCUUCUACCUAUAAAAGGAUUUGAGAAGAAACCUCUAGUUUCACUAGAACAAUCUGUCGAACCACUUAUUUCUAUUGUGCCACAUAUUAAUCAGAUGGUUUGGACUGUGAAAGCAAAUUGUCAUCAACCAGAAAAUGGUUUGACUGAAGAUGAAUCAGCUUCAAUUAUGUUAUAUACAUUAGAAUGGAUACCUAAAGAAAAAUCUUGUUAUUACAUUCUUAAUUCAACUCUUCGCUCUCAAAAUCGAAGUCAACUAAUACCAUGGUUUCGAUAUCUUCGACUAUUUACUUCUGCUUUGUUAAAACUUCCAUCAAUGGUACCAAAAAUUCUUUAUCGAGGAGUCGAAAGAAAUAUGAGAAAAGAAUUUCCAGUAGGAAAAAAAUUUAUUUGGUGGUCUUUUACAUCUUGUACAUCAUCAUUUGAUGUUCUCGAAACGUAUCUUGGUAAAGCUGGACAAAGAACUAUUUUCAAUAUUAUUUGUGAUUCAGCUAAAGAUAUAAGUCAACAUGCAUUGUAUCAAACAGAAAAUGAAUUUUUAUUAUAUCCUGCUCGACAAUUCACAGUUACUUCGUCUCUUUAUGCCGGAAACGGCCUUCAAAUUAUUCACAUUAAAGAAACUCAAUCUCGAUAUCCCCUUUUUCGAACUUCAGAAACAUCUUCAUUUACAUCAGCAAAUAUGUCACAGAUACCAAAUCCAAAAUUAUUUGCGUUAUUUUCGGAUUCACUAACUACCUCUUUAAUACUAUCACAGAGUAUUGGUACUUUCAACGAAAAAAAAUUCUUCACUAUGAGUCGCAAGGCUAUUGACUCUUCAGGAAGACUUGGUUCACUCUAUGAUGGAUAUAAAGAUCUGAUACUUGGAACGGCAAAUAUGAACAGUAAAGAAAAACAGUGUCAAGCGCUAAAAUCAAAUCACUGUAUGAUUAUAAACGGUAGUAAAGAUAAAAAACUAAACAUUUUACAAAUGAUUGGUGUUGAAAAUGAAUUAAGAUUGAGUACAUUAUUGAAUAUAAGAGAAAAGACAGGGAUAGCUGCAAUCAAUGAUUAUUCUUAUCCAAUAAAUGAAUAUACUCGUUUUUUCUACUAUUCUUAUUUGGAUCGAGAAGAACAAUUUUCCAAUAAUCCACCAAAGAUACAAAGUUCUGAUGAAUCAUUUAAACGUUAUACUGUUGCAACUCACAUUAUUAUUGGUAUCCAAACAGGAAUUGAUAUUAUCAUAGUUCUACAAUUGCCAUCCAAUAAAAAGUUAGUCACGAAAAUCGAUCAUAUCCUUCACCGAAUUCGAAAUUUGUUACUUGACGAUGAAAACAUCUUCACAUUAACUUUGGAUGAUGAAAAUCUGUUAGAAAACAUUAUUCUCACAAAAAUCUACUCGAAUAUACUUGAUGUACAGAAUAUGAAGAGAUUGUAUGACAUUUGUCGGUAUAUAAAACAGAACCAAAACAAAACUGUCAACUAUCCAUUAUCAUAUACACUUCAACCUAUUAAAUGGCUAUAUUCCACUUACACUGGACCGGGUAAUACAUUCAUUGCUCUACCUGUCGAGCUUAUCGACAAUAUCGAACAAAAUAUAUUUCAAUUAAGAGACGAUAUUAUGAAAUUAGAAAUAUCUCUUAAACAGGACUUACCAAAACUAUUAAAUGGAUAUUUGAAAGAACGACUUUCUGACUUACAAAAACAUUGGUUGAAUACGAAAAAUAAGUACAUAAAUGAGAUAGAACAACUUGCAAAACUAGUAAUUGAUUUUCGCAGUGGUAGAAUUCCAGUGCAAACAGUUCAUUCAGUACUUAAUACUAAAACUGAAGCAUUAGUCAAAACUAUGAUUCAUGAUUUAACUCAAAAUUUGAACGAUCUAACAGAAAAAGGACAUUUUAUCAGUGAUUUAUGUCGACAACAAUUUCGAUAUUUGAAUGCUGUCGAAUAUGAUAUCGAUCAAACAGAUAAUGAAAAGACUAUUGAACGAAAAUUGGUUAUGAAUGAUCAACCAGAUUAUAUUCUCUGUUCUACUGAUACUUUGAACAAACUCAAAUCCGAACAGUUACGUCAAUUACGCCGUGACGCAAUUGAAAAACUUAAAAACAAUUUUAACUUACGUCUUAUCUACGCAGAUUUUUCCUAUUGUUCUUUUGAACUAAAGAACAUGAUGAUAUUACCAUUAAAUAAGUAA